AUGGCCUUAUGGGGUCGCUUCUCCGGCAAAGGCACGACCCUCAAAGACCAGUAUAAUGCUGACCUGGUCAUCUUCCUCGCAAACCUCCAGAGUUUCCAGGACCAGAUAUUACGCCGGGAAGAGUUUAUCAGAGAAAUUAGGCAAGACCUGGAAGUAUUUCGGAGAUGCACCAAAGCAGAUAUAUUUGAAUUAAAGAUUAAAGCCCAGGAUUCAUCCAACCCAUGGGUGCUCAGCUUUCUGCUGAGUUCCCCCCGGUUCAUAGGGGCAACUGUGGAGUUCAAUGUGCUACUUGCCUUUGAUGUCCUGGGCCACAGGUCCAUCCCUGCUGCAAAACAACCAGACCCCAAAAUAUACAUCAAGCUCAUCGAGGAGUGCACCUCCCAGCAGACAGAGGGCGAGUUCUCCAGCUGCUUCAUUGAGCUCCAGAAAGACUUCGUGAAGCGGAGGCCUGCCAAGGUGAAGAGGCUCAUCCGCCUCGUCAAGCGCUGGUACCAGCUGUGCAAGGAGAAGCUUGGGAGUCCCCUGCCACUACAGUAUGCCCUGGAGCUGCUGACCAUCUAUGCUUGGGAAAGUAGGAGUGGGAGAUCCCAUUUCAACAUGGCCCAGGGAUUCAAGACUGUCUUAGAAUUAAUUAUGGGCUACCAGCAGCUCAGCAGCUACUGGAUGGAGUACUAUGACUUUGCAAACCCCAAGAUUAGAGACUACCUGAUCAGCCAGCUCAGGAAGCCCAGGCCUGUGAUUCUGGACCCAGCAGACCCUACUGGAAACUUGGGUGGUAGCGACCCAGAGCGCUGGAGGCGGCUGGCACAGGAGGCUGAAGCCUGGCUGAGCUACCUGUGUGUCCCGGGAGAGAAUAGCUCCCAUCUGGAAUCGUGGAAGUGUUCCCGGUGA